AUGACUGGCACUCCGCAGUACGUUGCUGACUCCCCUUUGGGCGGCCGACGCGACCUCGGCGACUUGGUCGGAUCCGAAGCCGCAGAUACAGACGACGCCGGCACCGAGGAUUAUUGGCCACGACUCCCGAUAAGUUAUGGCCCUCCUCCUACGCAUCUAGAAAAUGCAGUCAAAGAAGUUGGCUAUAUCAUGCUUCUUUUGACAACGUUCAACGUCCCGGACGACGGUAGUGGAGACAUCAGCUGUAUCUCCAAACUUUUGCUCUCGCUCGAGAGCCGCGACGACAUCACGAAGUCUGUCUUGGAGUACACCUCUUUUGAACCCGCCUUCCGCCGCCUAGCGAACGAAAAAAGCUUUUCGGAGAACAAUGCCCAAAAAAUUGCCUCUCGUGCGGCCGCUCUCAAGCAGCAUUGGGAAAAGACCAGGCAGGACCAUCCCAACUGUCCACAAGACAUCGUCUACCCACCACUGCUGUCAGGCGUGCCCGACAAGCCCGAGAACUGGAAACUUGAACUCACCGACAAAGCCAUGGAAGAGGCUGAAAGGUACUACCACGCCCUUAAAACGCAGCGACAGUACGCCUACCGCUGCUUCCAGACCAAACCACCCAUGCCCAUGGCAUGGGUGCCCCAGGGCGGUGAUGCGUGGGCGAAGACGGCCCGUGCCAAGGUUGAGUCUGGCGACUUGUUCCACAGCCGCCUCUGGUCCCCGGUAUGGAUGGACUUCGGGCUGGCGUCUAUCGAUGUGAUGUUUGGCAUGGAGGCGGCCGGAUUGACUCAGGACGAGAUGGAUGAGUAUCACGACGCCUCGAGGACGAUGUCAGGGAUGAGGACCGAUUUUCAGGGCAGAGUCCUCCGAAGCGAGGACAUUUUGAGGGCUUGA